AUGACUGAAGGCAACGAGGAGUUGCUGGUCAAGGGUUGGAAAGAGGUCGCUCAGAUGCUUCAGCCAAUAUGGGGAGACAAGCAUAGCCAGGGCGUAUCCAAACUUCGCUUCCAGCAACUGCGCGUCGCUUGUCUGAAGAUGGACCAGACAAAUGCGAGUGAUUCUUCCAACAGUGCCAGAGGCCCUUCUUGUUCUGCUUCUAAGCUUGCUACGUCCGGUGAGCGACGGGCGUCACCGAAGACAAAGACUACGUCCAGCGGAGAUGGUACUGACCACGGUGAUUGCGAAGAAGAUGGAGGCGAAAUGUCAAAGAAGCGAGCUCGUAAGACCAAGGCUCAGGCCGUCUCGGCCGGGAUGGACCAAUUUGAGUCUAUUGGCGCAGUGGACGAGUCCUGA